UUAACCACUUAGAACCAAUCACGCAGGAAAGAAGGAACAGAAAAUCCGCCCUUCCGCUCCAGUUUCGUUUGCACUGCUGUGCGCCAACCGCAGAGCCAACGGAGGCCGAGCCACCAGAAUCUCUAUAACCCAGCUCAGCUGAUCGGUUGCCGCUCCCGCCGCCUCCGGAUUCCAGAGGCGAGGAACAAGAAGCUCGGCGACAUGGACGUGAACAUCGCUCCGCUCCGCGCCUGGGACGAUUUCUUCCCGGGCUCUGACCGUUUCGCCCGACCGGACUUCAGGGACAUUUCCAAAUGGAACAACCGUGUGGUGAGCAACCUGCUCUAUUAUCAGACCAACUACCUGGUGGUGGCUGCCAUGAUGAUUUCCGUUGUGGGGUUCCUGAGCCCCUUCAAUAUGAUCCUUGGAGGAAUUGUGGUGGUGCUGGUGUUCACGGGCUUUGUGUGGGCAGCCCACAAUAAAGAUAUCCUCCGGCGGAUGAAGAAGCAGUACCCCACAACCUUUGUCAUGGUGGUCAUGCUGGCCAGCUACUUCCUUAUAUCCUUGUUUGGGGGAGUCAUGGUCUUUGUGUUUGGCAUCACAUUUCCCUUGCUGCUGAUGUUCAUCCAUGCUUCGUUGAGACUUCGAAACCUCAAGAAUAAACUGGAGAAUAAAAUGGAGGUAAUAGGUUUGAAGAGGACGCCAAUGGGCAUUGUUCUGGAUGCCCUAGAACAGCAGGAAGAAAACAUCACCAAAUUCACCGAGUAUAUCAGUAAAGUCAAGGAAUAAAUCUGAGCUCGUGAGAGGGCUGCCACAGAAAUCCAGUUGCAAUUUGCCCACAUCCAAACCUCCUUUCUAUUUGUGUUCUUGAAAUAGGGGCUGCACAUACUUUGAGCUAUCUGUGGCAGCAUGCAUGUGGAGGCCAAACUCUUAACAUCUCUGAUGUUACAGAGGGAAGGCCUCAGAAAUAGAAAGAAACUGCCCUCCUAUUAUGAUGUCUGAAUUUUCAAGUGGGGUCACUGAAAUUGACUAAAAGUGGUUCACACAUACUUCUUUAGGGGAAUAAAAGAAAAUAAAACAAGUGUGGAUUGUAUGGUAACAACUCUGUUGUUCAGUAGGAAAAAGGUAAUUGUACAGUAUCAAGGCAAUGUGAAUAAAAGAAGACUGUUAAUGUGGAUUAUGUCAUGCAUUGGGCUGUUUUAAUCCCCUCUGGCAUCCUCCAAAAAUAUUCCCUAUGAUGAUAAUAGGUGGGAUAUAAAUGAGUUUUGUGUGUAAAAUCAAAGGUGAUUUUUGUCAUUUGGCCGCCUGUUUGAUGUGCAGUGAAAACUGGAUAAACCAGUUUAUAUUUUGUUUACAAAUACAAAGAUAGCUGUUGAGUAGACUAUUUUGUCAAAUUUUUGUAAGUUUUUGAAACAGUAAUGUGUUUUCUUGAGGAAGGUAUUCGUUGCAAACAAUGUUACCUUCUUUAAGGAGGCUAAAGCUAUGUAACCCGUAAUCUUGACAGUCUUGUUGAAAAACGAAAAAAUAAAACAAACCUUGAGUUCUGUUUAUAUUACACAAUUUUUGUUGUUCUAAUGACAAAAGGGUGUCUAAGAUAUUGUUUCCCAUGUUUUUUCAUUGUUUUAACUGGAACAUUUAGAAAGAAGCUGAAUGUAUAUAUUUAUUAAUGGCUUAGGGGCACAAAGAGGACAAUAAAUAUUGUUCUUUUGAAAUCUGAAAAACAUCUCUAGCUAACCAAGCAAAAAGACUUGUAAAAAUGGGAAUGAAAAAGGGAAUGAUCCCCAGCUUCUGCUGAUUCACAAAAGUUUCAGAUAGCAUAUGUUUUUAUAGCUAGACAUUAGAAUUAAGAUAGCAUGGGUUUAUUUUGUUGCAGUCUUCCUUUAUUUCCCAUGUAUUUAGAAAUAGAUUAUACAAAAUGUUUUGCUUGCCAAUUGAGUGAUUUCAUAAAUGAAUAGAAAACAUUUAGGUUUCUCUGACAUUGAUUUACGGAGACAAUUGGAGCAGCACUUACUGAAGGCACCUUCUGGAUGUCCUAGAAUAAGAAGCAACAGCAUGUGCUGCUCCUGAUUUUUCUUGUCUUUUGAUUUCUUGGCCAACCUGCAGCCUCCAUCUCUAGCACAGUGGGAUCACCAUAAUUUCACAGACAUGGUCUGGAAUUUGUGUCCUUACCCAAAUAUGAAGAAUAAAAUUUAUGAAAGACGUUUUUUUGUGAGACUUUAUUUAAUGCACCUCUG